AUGGAGCCAUGCCGCCCAGAGGUGCAGCCUGAAGGCUGCGAGGCCUCUCCUCCGUACUCCCUGGAAAGCCUGUCGAAGAAGCACUGUCAGAGCCAGGGGAAUCUCCUCCACUUUGACCGGCAAGCCCCUGGCCGCUUGUCCACCUCGCCCACUUUGCGGAGGUUAAGGAGCCGCGGCUGCGGGAGUGUGCGCGGAGGUGCGCGCGGCACUGCCACUGCGCAUGCGCCGCCCCCGCACGUGGCCUUGGAAGUGCGCCCCGGGGGCGGCUCUCAGGAGUCUCCUGGCUCCGCGAGUCCCCUCACCAACAAGGUGUGUGAAAGCGCAGAGGAGUCUUCUCACGGCCUGUGGGCCCUGAGACUCCACUCAGGAUUGCCUCUGGACUCUGAAAGGGCCCUCGACGCAGCUGACUCGGCUGAGCUCCAAAUGGGGCCCGGUGAAGAGCGUGCCGUUCCCGUGCCUCAGCACCUCGAGGAGGGGUCGCUUCCUCAGGCCUCCUUUCCGCGGAGAGGAGACCACCCAGCCCCCAGCCACACCCCGGGACCUCCCGGGCCUCAGAGAGAAGAAUUGCAUCAGUACAGGUUCUAUGAGCACAGGAGGAGUUCUGUGGUGCUCAACUUACCUGGCCUUGAGGUGUUCCCCGGGGACCUUCUGGUGUCAGCUGGAGCCGCGGACUACCUGUGCCAUCCACUUCUGCUGCUGAAUUCAGAAUCCAAAAAGCCAAGAUGGCCUUUCUCCAAGAGAGGAGUGGGCAAAGACAAGCACAAGCUUAUAUCUGAUCUGGAAGACUGCUUGUCCUCUUUGAAGAUUACUGACUUCAGGGACUAUGAGUUCCACACCCUGAAGGAUAAGACCUGGAAUGAAGUCAUGGAAAUGCAUCAGAAACUUCCUACUAAUCAGUUAGACUUGAGAAAGCAGCAAGAGGCUGUGUGGGAACUCUUCACGAGUGAAUGCACUUAUUUUUUGGAUCAUUUAUUAGUUCUUAAGAUGAUCUUCAUGAAUACAUUAAAAUAUCUACAGACUCAUGAAUAUCUCCUGGAUGUGGAUUUAUGGAGACUUUUUGCAAACCUGGAGGAGCUAAGUCAGACAAGCUUUGGUUUUGUGAACAGUCUUUUCCAUAUCUUCAAGGACUACGUUGACACUUGUGAGACUUCACCAUUGUUGGAUUUUAUUUCCGUGCUCACAAAGUAUUUCCGAGGCAGCCUGUGUCAGAGCCACCAGACCUACUGCCUCAACUACUCGGCCGCUGUCUUUUAUCUCGAGAGCCUGAAGCAGAGACAUGACUUUGGAAUUUAUUUAAAAUGGUGUGAGCAAAAUGACCAGUGUAGACGCCUUCACUUACCUGAGCUGCUCGUGGCCCCACUACACAGGCUGACUCGAUACCCCUUGUUGCUGAAGAAUAUCUGGAAAAGGAGUACAGACUCUACGGAGAAAAUCAUGAUCUACUCCAUCAAGGAAAAGGUGGAAAAGUCAAUCCGGGAUCUUGAAGGAAAAGUGAAGUGGCUUGACAAUUUUCAGAAGUUCAGACAUCUACAGGAGAUUGUAGUGUGGCCUCCACUUUGGGAUCGAGAUAAAAGGUUUUUCAUUCCAGAGUGCCUGAAACACAUUUUUAAAGAACACAUGGCAGAAAACAUCCUGUCACCAACCAAUAGACACCUUCUCUAUGAAGGAAAGUUAACUCUUGCAGAAAGCACAAGAUUCCUAGAUGUUUAUCUGUUUCUCUUUGAUGAUUUCCUCUUAGUUACGAAAACUAAGCGCAACAAAAAGAAACUUGGAGGCUCAGACCCUGGCUUAAUGUGCCCUUCACUUACUCCUGAGCUGCAAGCAGUAAUCAAAGAAGGUGGUUCAUGUACAGUCAUUGACCAGCCCAUUCCACUAGACAGACUGGUUGUCAGAGGUCUCGAUCCACUCCACGUGUCAGUCUUUGGGCUGAGAAAUGCUUUCCUCAUACAACAUGAAAACAGAUAUCGACAAUGUAUAGCAGCAUUCUUAUUACAAGCCCAAACGGAAAAUAUCAAGAGAACAUGGAUAGCACAAAUAACAGCAGCAAUCUCUUGCUUCACCAAGAGUCAAGAAACCAAGAAAAUGUCCUCAUUCACUUUGCCUGCAGAAUCCUCGGAGAUUUAG